AUGACUACUUCUAGCUUUCUUUUAUCAAGUCAACGUCUUCUCCAUCGUCACCGUCUACUCAGUCGGUUCUUUUACUAUCGUCCGGCUUCCUCUUAUCAAGUCAAUGUCUACUCAGUCGGUUCUUAUGGCAAUCGUCUAGCUUCCUCUUAUCAGGUCAACGUCUUCUCAGUCGCUUUCUCUUAUCAAGUCAACGUCUACUCAGUCGGUUUUUAUGACUAUCGUCCGACUUCCUCUUAUCAAUUCAACAUCUUCCCAGUCGGUUCUUCUGACUAUCGUCUAGCUUCCUCUCAUCAAGUCAAUGUAUUCUCAGUUGGUCCAAAUGACUACGUCAACAUCUUCUCAGAUGGUCGUUGUACAUUGACUCCUUCAGAACUCAUAGCGGUCGACGCUGAUGGUGGUGAAUGUAAAGAACUUGAGGAAAUCGGUUCAGCUCAAUCCGCUUCCUGCUCCAAAGAAGGAGUACCAGAAGUGGUUUCACAAGAUGUUGGCGGGACUUACAAGUUGCCUCUCUCAUUUCUCCUCAGGAUCCCUGUAUGUGUUCUCAAACUAAAUUUCCUUGGUCUCACGUCGAUCUCAGUCUUGGUGUACCUAUCCAAGGAAUCUCUUAUCCUAUCCUGGUGA